CCUAGGUUACUUCUUACUCAUCUUGCUCGAGUAGGGUGUAUCUCAAUAUUGGCUAAGAUUUGAAGUGUUGAUAGGCACCACGACAUUUUCGACAAAUUAACCGAAAUUAUACGAUAAUGAUUUUAUUGGACACUCCUUUUCUCGUUCUCGUCAGCCUCCUUUUUGCUGGAUGGCAUAUUUGGAAAUGCGUGUGCUCUCCGCUUCGGUGCUUACCAGGCCCGAAGAUCUCGCUCUUCACAUCAUGUGUGCUCAAGCUUCAUGAGUUUCGGGCUCUACGAACCAGAUAUGUCCAUGAUAUGCACUUACAGUACGGUCCUGUGGUUCGGAUUGCACCUAAUGAAGUUUCGUUUGCUUCGUUGGAGGGCAUUAAGGAGAUAUACGGCUCUGGUGGGAGCGGGUACGAUAAGACAGAGUUCUAUGAUCUAUUCCAAGUUUACGAGAGAAGGUAUGCAUAUUGUUUUUCACUACGACACGCCAAGAGGAAGAGAAUACUUGCUGAUCGCUACGCUAACUCGAACAUCAUGAAAUCCCAAUCUCUCAAUGGGAUCGCGGAGCGGUCGGCAAGGUUUAUUGAAAGAUGCCUCCAGUCGGUUGAUCGAAGUAUCGAUGUAUUUGUGAGUCUACAUGACUACGCAUUUGACGGGGUCACUCAUCAACUUUUUCAUCCACAUGGCUCUGACUCUCUUCGCAAUUCGCAAGACGAAGAGAUCAUGAAGCAGGUGGCAUUUGAUGACAGUCUACAAAAUCGCCUCAUACAAUACUAUUGCCCAUCACUUCACAAACUUGUCGGGCAGGCCCUUUCCGUGUUUGUAAGGCCACGGCAGACACCAUUGGCGGAUGAGUUGGUAUUGUCCGCAGCUCGAAAGACAGACCCUGCUCAGUUUACGUUACUGAAUCGUAUGCAAGAUAAGGCUUACAAAUUGGAAUAUAUAGAUAUGGCCGCCGAAUGCCUUGACCAUAUGGCCGCUGGGAUCGAUACUACGGGAGACAGUUUGUGCUUCCUCAUGUGGGAGCUUUCACAGCCCCGCUCAUUUCACGUUCAGCGCCGACUACAGCAGGAACUAAUAGCUAACCCUGGUGUCUCAUUCGACAAGCUACAUUAUCUCGAUGCGGUCGUAAUGGAGGGUUUACGAUGCUUUCCGGCGAUACCAAUGUCUUUGCCACGGUAUGUCCCUACAGGCGGGAGGACGAUUAACGGCUUUUUCAUCCCGGAGCGGACAAUAGUCAGCAGCCAGGCAUACUCAGCUCAUCGCAUUGAUCAAACAGUGUUCCCCGAGCCCGACCUAUUUAAUCCAGAAAGGUGGCUCGAAGAAAAAGGAGAGACUGAUCGAAAGCGACUAUUCUUCGCUUUCGCCAGUGGGGGAAGGGGUUGCAUCGGUAAACACUUAGCACUCGCUGAGAUGAAGAUAUUAUUGAGGGAUAUUUACACGCGCUUCACCACGUUCCCUGAUAUCACAAUGAGCGAUGAGGACAUGCAGAUGGCAGAUCAACUUAUCUCAUCUCAGCCUAGGGGUAAGAAGUGUUUAUUGAGACUUGAAUUAAUGGAGAAUGAUACCCAGACGUACGAAUGAAAGAUAAGAACAAAUCGAUAUAUGGCUCAUGUAAAUCAUCUAUCCAAAUCAUAGAUCACCCUUGAGCGGCCUGGUGUUCUGUUACGUCCGCCCAAGAUAUUCGGGAGAUUCACGCGGGCAAAACAGACUUAUUAAAAGAACACUGCCUAUGUUGUGUAAUUUCUUUGGGGAAACGCUAUAUCACUAUAUCACUUAACUGUAUACCCAGAACUCGACAUUGUUCGACCCAGCCCUAUAUCGAGUUACAAUGACUACCUAUGUAGAUAUUUGCUCGUCGAAGAAUUUAUUAUGACUC